AUGCAACCUUGGCACAAACUGCUCAUCGUUGCUGUCAUUGCGUUCGUAUUCAUUGGCACCACCCUUGCAUCGACUUCGUCAGCGACGGCCAUCUCUGACAAUAACAAUGCCAUCUACCUCGCUCCGCUAAUCGAGAGCUGCCUUCCAACAGACCGAAGUUGUGGUGUAGUAGAAGGCUCAUACAUGGUCACACUCCGCCAAGGCCACACACCGUCAUCCCACCUCUCCUACAUUGCUGAACACAUCAACGUGGAUCCGGUAAAGGACUGGAAGAUACGAUGGUCUUUCGACGAGUUCUACUUGGUCAAGAACGUUUCGGCAGACUCACUCGAUAUUAUUCGUCGAGACCCUGGAGUCGGGGAAGUCGAACAGGGUUAUUGGUUCUCAGUGCCCGAACUCGACAUAUGCAGGAACACACACCUCUCGGAAGAGGAAAGAAGGAUUUGCUAUGAAGAAGGGGACCUUCCACAGUGCGAACGACCGAGUCUCUCGAGAGGGAAAAGACAGGAAUGCAUUCAGACAAACACGUUUUUGUGGUGUCUGCCGCCAAUGUGGUCGGAGGUCGAGGAGCAGUCUUGUCUCGAUGCAAGUCACGCUGCACCAUGCGACAGUCCAAAACUCUCGGAGGCACAACAGCGCUUCUGUCGCGAUGGAAGUCUGACUGCUAAAAGCACUAGUUCACAACUCUCGAUUUUCCAUGAGGAAAGAAGAACCUGUGCUGCAAAGUCGGCCGUCGACAAGUCAAAAGUUUCAACCCUUGAGAUCACCAACAAACCAAGACUGAGGAGCGACAAUGACCUGGCACCUCUCUACGAAGCAAUCUCCAAAGACAAAAGCCCAGACACCUACAUCGUCACUCUCUACAGAGACAUCGAUUAUACCUACCACGACCACUUCAAAACCAUCGGAAGAAAUCUAGAAGCUGAUGAGACUACUGCUUUCAAGUGGUGGGAUGUUGCCGAUUCUUAUUAUGCCACCAACAUUACAAGUGAUUGGGUACGUCUCAGCGCCUCAAAAACCCCGCCCUCAGGAUUUUACGCUAAUUGCAACACCACAACGCAGCUCUACAAGAUUCGCAAAGAUCCGGCCGUGGAAUCCAUAGAUGAAUACGCGCCUUAUGAACUGAUCGGAGAAGUCUUGGCCACAAAGUGGAAAGUCCUUGAGCAAGAUCCAGAAGCUCAGUGUCCGGUGAUAGAGCUGGGUGUACCGUGGUACUUUCGGACUUUUUCUAUUGAUAGAGGACUGGAGGGGUAA